GAGGAACAGGAGGAGGAAGAAGAUAGUUUUUAUUUUGUCGACGACGCACGCACUGCGAUCGUCCAAAGAUAAAGCGUCGCGACGCCGCGCGUUCACCGCAUUUACGAUUCAACGCACGACCAAAGAACUUGCGUCCGCAAAUCUCACGUCCCCAACAAAAAAAAAACUCCAAUUCAAAACAGAAACUACAAAUUUGCAGCUGUACCAAUACACGUUUGUCCGUUUGCGUGCGUGCUAACUGUUGUUACUUCCGAGAUGUACGGAAUGCUGCUGGAGAGCGUCCAGCAUUUUGUUCAGCUGGAAUACGGAGAAGAUGUUUGGCGACAGGUUCAACAGUUGGCCGGAUUCAAGUAUUCGGUCUUCAACACGCAUCAGGUCUAUCCGGAUACGCUGAUGAGCGACAUAGCGAGGGCGUGUGCCAAAGUGACGAACAGACCGUUCGACUUCUUCAUGACCUUCUUCGGGAAAUGCUUCAUGCGUUACUUCAGUCACUUUGGAUACGACGAGACGAUCAAAGCCACCGGUCGUUUCUUCGCGGAUUUCCUGCAGAACGUCGACAACAUCCACAACCAAUUCCGUCUGUCCUAUCCGAAGAUGAAGAGCCCCUCCAUGUACAUAUCCGAGGUGGAUGAAAAGGGCUGCAUCCUGAUUUAUAGGAGCACACGGCAAGGAUUCACCCAAUAUUUGCAAGGGUUGCUCAUGCAAGUGGCCAGCGACGUUUUCAAUUUGGAGCUGAAGGUCAACGUGAUGGAGAGCGUCGUCUCGCAGAUGAACGGCAAGAACAUCGUCAUCGUCACCUUCCGUCUGCACUUCGACAAUCAGCUCUAUAUGCUGGACAGGAAGCGGAAAGAGAGUCAGAUCAACGUGAAGAACAGCCUCCGUCCGUUCUCCUGCCACAUGCUCUUCAAGCUUUUCCCGUUCGCCUUGAUGAUGUCCCGCGAGAUGUUAAUCAUCGGCACAGGGAUAAAAGUCCACGAGUUAUUGAGCUCCAAGAAGGGCGACCUCAUCGGAGAACCCGUCACAAACCACUUUCGUCUUAGACGACCCAAAGGCAUUUCCUUCACGUGGAAGAACGCGUUCUAUCUGCAUUCGGUGACGUUCGAGAUUGAAUUCCUCCGCGGGGAAUCGCCGCAGACCUCACGAGAUUUCGCCCAGGAGAAGGAAUUCAAAGGACGUCCCAUUUCGCCCUACUGUCUACGCAGGGAGAGCAUCCACGGCCUGAAGAACAUCCUGCUCCGAGGACAAAUGCGAUACCUGAAAGACGUCGAUGCAAUUAUAUUUCUUUGCAGUCCUCUAAUAAAUGGAUUGGACGAACUUCCGGAAUUGGGACUAUAUCUGAACGAUUUGAAUCAGCACGGGAUGAGCAGGGAGAUGGUCUUGGCCGGUUGGCAGCACAAUUCCAAAUUGGAGCUGCUUUUCGAUAGGGCCGAGCAGAAGACCACCGAGUUGGAGAAUAACUACGACCUUCAGGAGACUUGGAAGAAACGCGGAGACGAUCUUCUCUACUCGAUGAUUCCCAAGAGCGUUGCUGAUCGAUUACGAAACGGACAUUCCCCUCUGAGCACCUGCGAGUCGUUCGAUUCGGUGACGAUCAUGUUCUGCGAGCUGGUGGGAUUCAACUCGGAGACGGUGCAGGACGCCAUGGACGUGGUGUCCUCGAUGAACGCCGUUUUCUCGUGCUUCGACGAGCUGAUGGACACUUUCAACGUGUACAAGGUGGAAACUGUGGGGCAGAUCUAUAUGGCUGCGAGCGGCGCUCCUGAAAGGGUGGACAAACACGCGACGAACGUGGCGGAUCUUUCCCUCAGCAUGGUGAAGAACGUCAAGGGAAUCCUUGUACCGUCGCAAACCAAAGUCGAGAUUCGCAUAGGAAUUCAUUCCGGUCCUGCUGUUGCCGGAGUCGUCGGUAUAAAAGUGCCUAGAUACUGCUUCUUCGGCGACACCGUCAACACCGCCUCCAGGAUGCAAUCUUCGAGCAUACCUGGAAUGGUCCAUAUCUCGUCCGUUACGAAGAGCCAACUUCCUGCGAAUCGUUACGUAAUCGAGGACCGCGGAUUCAUGCAGAUCAAAGGAAAGGGCAGCAUGCAGACGUUCUUCAUUUUCGAGAAGAGCGAACGAGAUUGAAUUAUUUAAAACAACCACCGUUUUCAUUUCUUGCAUCGCUGCUGCUGCUGCUGCACUUUUUUAUUCUUCUCACCUUUUGUCCUUGCAAUGUCUGUUCACGUUAGAGA